AUGUACCAUCAACGCCCCAUAAUCGCUGCAUCGUGGGUAGAAAUUCUGUCCUCCAGGCAAGCCCUGCGGCCCCUCCCCAGUGAACAGAUGGCGUCGUAUUUUGGGCACACGGUUGCGGUGGCUGAUAUCAACGGAGACAGGAAAGACGACAUUCUUGUGGGGGCCCCCCUCUUCAUGGAGCGCCGUCCAGACAGCAAACUCUACGAAGUGGGGAGAGUUUACUUGUACCUGCAGCGGAAGACCCCCCAUUCCUACAGUGUCCCCUGGCAGAAACUGACUGGCACGGAUGUCUAUGGGCGCUUUGGCAUGGCGAUUGCACCCCUGGGUGACAUGGAUCAGGAUGGAUACACCGGUUAG